CGGAAUUGUUGCCGUUGCUGGUCCGGCCAGUCUGGCCGGCCACUGCCCUCACCAGCUGUCAAUAAUAGCUGGACCUUCCGCCAGGGACUGCUCAUAAUAUGUAUGACAGAUUAUCUGUUCAACUUCAACGAAUGAACAUCCAAUUUACCAAAAGAUAGAAGAUGGCAGCAACACAACGUGUGGUCAUCAUAGGAGCAGGAAUUGUGGGCGCCAAUCUCGCCGAUGAAUUGGUCUCGCGGGGAUGGCAGGAUAUCACCGUCGUUGAGCAGGGCCCGUUGAACCUGCCGGGUGGCUCAACAUCCCACGCCCCCGGGCUGGUGUUCCAGACCAAUGGUUCUAAGACGAUGACUCGUCUUGCGCAAUAUACGGUCGACAAGCUGCGAUCGCUAAAUGAUGAGAAUGGCAUGCCGUGCUUCAAUUCCAUAGGAGGUCUCGAGGUAGCUACGACACCGGCCCGAGUCGAAGAGCUGAAGCGCAAGUACGGCUAUGCGAAGUCCUGGGGUGUUGAAGCGCGUCUUCUGACAAAGGAAGAGUGUUUGGAGAAGUAUCCCCUGCUUAACAAGGAUCUCGUACUCGCUGGUCUUCACACUCCGACCGAUGGUCUCGCGUUAGCUGCCCGCGCAACCCAACUGCUCAUCGCCCGGACCCAGCAGGCCGGGGUCCGCUACCGAGGCUCGACGCUUGUUACAGGCAUUGAAAAGACAGGAUCUCGUGUGACGGGCGUGAAUACCUCCCAUGGUGUAAUUCCUGCUGAUAUCGUCAUCUCCUGCGCCGGCUUUUGGGGCGUCGAAAUCGGUGCUAUGGCCGGGGUCUCCAUCCCUCUCCUACCACUUGCCCACCAAUAUGCGAAGACAACCACAGUCCCCGCUCUAGCGAACCGCGACGUCAACAACCGUCCGAACGGAAUGAACGCGAGUAUGCCCAUCUUGCGGCAUCAGGAUCAGGAUCUAUACUACCGGGAGCAUGGAGACCAGGUGGGAAUUGGAUACUAUGGACACCGUCCAAUGCCGGUGGUGGCGGCGACUUUGGCCUUCUUCCUUGAACUCGGCGGCUGGGAACGCCCAUUCUGGUACGAAGCCAACGCACAGCUCCUACACGCUCUCCCAGAACAAUGGCAACCACCUCCCCGAGACACUUGGUCUUCGCGAUACACCUCCCCCAUCACCGCCGUGGAAGCAUGGAAAACCCGCAACGCCGUCGCCAUGUAUGACCUGACCUCAUUCCACCGCGUACAAGUAUCUGGACCCGGCGCAGCCACUCUCCUGCAGCGCCUAACCACAAGCGACAUCACCGCCCCUCCCGGCGCCAUCACACACACCCUUCUUCUCAACUCCCAGGGCAAAAUCCGCAGCGACAUCUUCGUCGCUCGCCUUGAUCCCGACCUCUUCCAAAUCGGCGCCAACACCGCAACCGAUGUCGCCUACCUAUCCGUCGAAGCCCGUCGUCAAGGACAACACACCCCAGCCCAAUGGGUCCACGUCUCCGACAUCACCGGCAACACCUGCUGCAUUGGCCUCUGGGGUCCUCGCUCAAGGGCCGUAAUCCGCGCCGUUUCCAACGACGACUUCUCCACCACCGCACUCCCCUACAUGUCCGUCAAACGCGCCACUGUAGCCGGUAUCCCCAUAACUGCACUCCGCAAAUCCUACGUCGGCGAACUCGGCUGGGAAAUCCAAACAAGCGCCGAAUACGGUUCCCGUCUGUGGGAUAUACUCUGGCAAGCUGGUAAACCACACGGUCUUGUCGCCGCAGGCCGUAGCGCUAUGAACGCCUUGCGGCUGGAGAAAGGAAUCCGGACAUACGGAGUAGACAUGACAACGGAGCAUGAUCCGCUCGAAGCGGGAGUUGCGCAUCUUGUUGAUCUUGACAAGGAGGAGGAGUUUGUGGGCAAGGCUGCGCUUCAGAGUGCGGCGCAGCGGAAACAGCCUCCGCUGAGGCGUCUGCGGUGCUUGACUGUGAAUGAUGGUCAUUCUAUGGUUAUGGGCAAGGAACCUGUCCAUUUUGAGGGCAGGCCCGUGGGGUAUAUUACUACUGCGGUAUUUAGCUAUACGACGAAGAAGCCCGCUGCGUAUGCGUGGCUGCCCGGGAGGGUUCGCGAGGGGGAUGCAGUUGUGAUUGAGUACUUUGGGAAACAGAUUAAGGCGACGGUGUCGGCUGAUCCGUUGGUAGAUCCCAGGGGGAGUAGGUUGCAUCGGGAGGAUACGGGUGAAGAUGGGUUUGAGACGCCGCUGAAGAACCGUCUGUAGAGGGUAUUGAUGAGCUACAUUUGGCGUAACGGG